AUGCAAAUUAAAAAUCAAAAUUUUAUUUUAGCUAAUCAAAAUGAUGGAUAUGAUGGGGCGUUCUUUGAUGGAGUUUUAGGCCUGGAGUAUAAUUUUACAAUGGGGUAUUUAACGUUUUUUGACCGCUUGCAUAGCUCCAAACAGAUUUCAAAUAAAAUAUUUUCAAUUUAUUUGAGCGAUAACGGAUUUCAAGGAAGCGGCUAUGAUACCUCAACAAUUAUAUUUGGAGGGUAUGACUUGUUCUAUGCCCAAAAUAAAGAAAUCAAGUUUUUGAACUUAACUGAUAGAGCUGGAAGAUGGAGUGUGCCAUUGUCUGAGGUAAAAUUAGAUGAUUUCGUCAUAUCAACUAAGCCAUCUAAAGCAUUUUUUGAUGUUGGAGCAAGCGUUAUUUAUGCACCAAAAACAGAGUUUGACAAUAUUGCCAGCAAAAUAGCAGAACUUGGGAGCUGCUGGCAUGAAAGAGGGCAUUUUGUGUGUGAUUGCAGCAACUAUUCAAUUAAUAAAUACCCGUCUAUUAGUUUUUCCUUACAUUCCUUUUAAAGAAGAAAAUUUAUAAUUAAUAAUAAUUAUUAGAAAAAUCAAUCAUAUUUCUCAUAGAAGGUGAAGAGUUAGGACUAGGGACCGUGGAAAGCUUUAGUUUGGACCCCCAGAAUUAUUUUCUUAAGCAUGAUAGCUACUGCUAUCUUCUUUUCGGAGUAGGCGACUAUGAAUCAUGAACAUUUGGAAGUGUAUUUUUAAGAAAAUAUUAUACCAUUUUUGAUGCGGAGAAUGGAAGGAUUGGACUUGUUCUUGCAAGCCAAGAAUUAGGGUACCCUACUAUUGAGGCUUUAGAAGCUGAUUCAAAAUCGCUUGAUGCAGAUAAAAUUAAAAAUAUUGACAUCAAAACUGAAAAAGCACUUGAAUAUAGAUAUGAAAAUAUUUCAUAUUGGGCUAUAACUGGAAUUUUACUUAUUUGCGUAUCAGGAUUUGUUUGUCUGUCAUCAAAGAUGAGCAAAGGCUAUGAUGAAGAAGCCUAUUAUCAAAAGAUUAAUGCUUAA